AUGACCUAUCCCGCUACCAACUUCACAUCGAACCCACCCCGUCUUCGUGUACUCAUCGUCGGGGCUGGUCUCUCCGGGCUCUGUAUCGCCAACAGCCUUCUCCGAGAUCCUGCACAACGCUUCGACGUCUCGGUCUUUGAGCGUGAUACCGUCGCUUUCGAUUCGGAGCGCGGCGGUUACCAGAUCAGACUCGGUCAAGAUGGGAUCACGGGUCUCAAGACCUGUCUCUCGCCCGAGACCUAUCUCGAACUCAGUCAGGCUUGGGGUCAAGAAUUAUCGCGAGCUCCAGCCAUCUUUCAACCAACGGAUGGCACCAUUCUUGCCAAGUUGGCCGAACUCAAGUUGUACCCUCAAUCGCGUGCGGUACCGCGCACCGCCCUUAAAGAAUAUUUGGUCCGCCUACCCAUGGAGAGAGGCGCGCUUCACUUUGGUCGGCGGGUCGACAGCCUCGUCUAUCAGGACAAUGGGGACGUGUCCGAAGUGGUACUGAAAUUCGAGGAUGGGUCCAAAAUCGUCAUCGCUGCGGACGGCUCGAGGAGCAAGGCGAGUAGUCUGAACCGCCUCGCCGGGCUGAACAACGUCAAGCUGCUCGCCGGGACCGCCGUUUGUCAAGGCCGUGGCAAGAUCGACGCUUCGACCCGAGCCAAGCUCCCAAAGAUCCUCUUGGACAACGGGUCGUUGCUUUACCUGUCUGGCGAGACGACGGGCUUCUGUGCGGUAUACGAGCUCAAGGACGCUCGAGGGAACCCGACGGAGGAUUCGUUCUUGUUCUGGGGCCAUAACGGGCCGGAAAAGAUCGCCGACUUGUUCGCGGGGACAGACGACGAUGACGAUACCAAGGCUGGGAGGAUGGCUGAGCACAUGGUACGAGACCUCGGCUUUGAUCCUCAAAUCCUGCCCGAGGUCGUCAGGAUCGGCAAUCGUAACCUGAAGGCCGGACAGCUGUCCAGCUCGACGACGCCGCAUGAUUGGCGCGAGGGCGUCGCUCAACGAGGUCGAUUGAUCUUUAUCGGUGAUAGCAUUCACGCCAUGACUCCAUCUCGAGGUCAGGGAGCCAAUCAGGCGAUGCGGGACGCAGCAGAGCUCUCCAACUUGUUACUCGGGAAUUCUAUCGACGCCGAAUCCCCCCGUACUCGACUGACCGACAAGGACGCCUUGGCCUUGGCCAAGAAAUUCGACGAAGAGAUGUACCCGCGAGCCUUCGGCUGGGUCAAGGCGAGCGAGACCGCCGGGAACGUCGAUACGACCACAUGGUCCGGAUACCUCAAGAUGUCCCUCUUCCUGAAUGCGGUCCGAUUGGGCGGGCUGGCUGUUACGUUGAGGGAUAGUCUGGGUCUGGGCACGUCGAAGACGUUGACCUUUUGA